AUGGCUUCCGACGCCGCCAGGUCUCCAGCUGACAUCCUCUCCGUCUCCCUCACCACCACUUCCCUGAACAUCGUCUUCCCAGUGUGCCUACUGCUCGCCUUUCUACUGCUACGCUGGCGCCGGAAGAGUAAUCCGACCCUGCCGGAUCUGCCGUGGGUUGCGCGCAACGAUAGGGCCUGGGUCCUGCGCAAUCUGAGGACCAGGCUGUGGUGCUCUAUCAAUUACGAAGAGGCCUUGAGGAGGGCAUAUGAUCAGUAUGCUCGCCACAACAAGCCGUGCAUCCUCGCCACUCUCGAUGGCGAGGUCGUUCUGCUCCCGCCGUCCAACACAUCGUGGCUGAUCGCCCAGCCUGACGACGUCCUCAGUGUCAAUGGCGCCCACAAGCAUAUCCUACAGACCCGAUAUACUUUCCCCAAACCCGAGAUUAUGGAUCCAACUGUUCACUUCGACGUCAUUAAGUCCGAGCUGACCAGGCAAGUCUUCAAUGUCACGCCCGAAGUGUGCGACGAAUUAGCCACAGCAGUAGAUCAAAUCUGGGGCAGCGAAGCUGAUCCCGACUUUGAAUACUACUCUGACGCCGACGGGUGGAAGACCGUGGUGCUCUUCGACAGUCUCACCAAGAUUAUAGCUAGAAUUUCCAACAGGGUCUUUGUCGGGCUUCCACUAUGGAGCAUCGCCGUCUUCUCUAGAAGACAAUUUACAUCGGUAGUGUUCAUUGUCCAAAAUGCUAAUCAAGCAUGGCCUGCAGGCCGUGACGAGGAAUACCUCAAGAAUGCAAUCGGUUUUGCAGAAGACAUUGCUUUUUCUGCAACAAUACUGCGACUCUUCCCAGGCAUACUCCGGCCUCUUGUCUCUCUGAUAGUGACAUCCUCCAAUCGUAAGCAUACUCGCGCAUACACUGAAAUCCUCACGCCCGAGAUUCUCCGGCGUCAGCGCCUCCAGGACGUCACCACCGCCGACUCCAAGGCAGAACACAAGGACAGCGAGACGGAGCAGCCCGAGGACACAGCAAAGAACGACUUUCUCCAAUGGCUGCUGACCCGUUCGCUCACCAAAUCGUAUCCGUCUCCAGACGAAGCAGAUCCGCAGAUCAUCUGUGCGCGCCUUCUGCACGUGAACUUCGCGUCCGUCCACACGACCAGUUUCAUCGGCACCAAUGCCUUGCUGGAUAUCCUUGCCGCACCACGCAACGAGCGUGUCUUGGAAACGCUGCGGCAGGAGGCUUUGGACAACAUGGAGCCAGAUGCCAGAUCAGGACCGGCUUCGAGGAUGUGGUCGCGCACGGCUAUCGCCAAAAUGCACUACCUCGACUCUGCCCUCCGAGAAAGCUCACGGCGCGCGAGUAUCAUAGGUGUUGGGGUGAACCAAAAGGUCGUUGCUCCCGGUGGCAUCACGACGCCCGAUGGAACACAUGUGCCCGAAGGAUGUAUGGUCGCCACACAUAGUUGGGGGUGCCAUAAUGACGAGACCCUUUACGAGGGAGCCGACAAAUACAAGGCUUUCCGGUUCGUGGAAUUGAGAGACAAAGUCUCCAGUGGACUUGGGGAUGGUGAUAGAGACAGAGCAGAUCGAGAAAAGGAGUACCUGGACAAGGCCCACCUCUCCUUCAUCGCUACAUCCCCUUCAUACCUUGGGUUCGGACACGGUCGGCACGCUUGUCCUGGAAGAUUCUUUGCCGCGCAGGAAUUGAAGCUGUUGCUCGCUUAUCUCCUCUCGCGGUAUGAGAUUCAGAUGGUCAUGGAAGGGGGCCUUGGUGGGAACUGGAAUGGGAAGGGCAUUAGACCUGAAUGUUACUGGGCGGGACCGAAUCACGUCCCGCCGAUGAGCGCCAAGGUGAGGGUGAGGAGACGGAAGGAAUUCCAAUAG